UGGCAGUUUGUGUACAAGUCAUAAACGCCCAAAUUAGAAAUAAAUACCACUACACGAGAAAAUAAAAAAUAAAUAAAUUCAGAGAAGAUGAUCGCCGGCGUAGCAGAAGACGAAGAGAAAUGGCUUUCCGCUGGGAUCGCCGGCCUUCAACAGAACGCCUUUUACAUGCAUCGAGCACUUGAUUCGAAUAAUUUGAAGGAUGCACUCAAGUACUCAGCUCAGAUGCUGUCAGAACUCCGCACUUCGAGGCUUUCCCCACAUAAAUACUACGAGCUUUAUAUGAGGGCAUUUGACGAAUUGAGGAAACUGGAAAUAUUCUUCAAGGAGGAGAGCAAUCGUGGUUGCUCCAUUGUUGAGCUGUAUGAGCUUGUCCAACAUGCUGGCAACAUUUUGCCUAGACUGUAUUUGCUUUGCACAGUGGGCUCUGUAUACAUAAGAUCAAAAGAAGCUCCUGCGAAGGAUGUUCUCAAGGAUCUUAUAGAAAUGUGUCGUGGCAUACAGCAUCCUGUUCGUGGGCUCUUUCUGCGGAGUUAUCUUUCUCAAGUCAGUAGGGAUAAAUUGCCUGAUAUUGGUUCAGAGUAUGAAGGGGAUGCUGAUACUGCCAUGGAUGCUGUUGAAUUUGUUCUCCAAAAUUUUACAGAGAUGAACAAACUUUGGGUUCGAAUGCAACAUCAGGGACCUGCUCGAGACAAGGAGAAGCGGGAAAAAGAAAGGAGCGAACUUCGUGAUCUUGUUGGAAAGAACCUUCAUGUUCUCAGUCAGAUUGAGGGUGUUGACCUUGAUAUGUAUAGAGAAACUGUUCUUCCAAGAGUGUUGGAGCAGGUUGUCAACUGUAAAGAUGAGAUUGCCCAAUAUUAUUUGAUGGAUUGCGUAAUUCAAGUCUUCCCUGAUGAAUACCACUUGCAGACUCUUGAAACAAUAUUGGGUGCUUGCCCUCAGCUUCAGCCAUCUGUUGACAUAAAAACGGUUCUUGCUCGACUAAUGGAGAGGCUUUCAAAUUAUGCUGCUUCUUCUGCAGAAGUCUUACCCGUAUUUUUUCAAGUAGAAGCUUUUGCAAAGCUAAACAUUGCCAUAGGCAAGGUAAUCUGGUUCUCCUUCUGAAAUUUACAUAUUGUAGUGCCUUCUAAUGAUGAUU